CGCAGGCAAACAAGCCUUUUCUGCCCGACAUUAUCUCCAUCCAGACUCCGCUGGAAAGGAGGUUGAAAUGACGGAUGCAACCAUGGGAGAGAGACCGGGGGACAGUUUAUUUACAUCCGAAGAGGCUGUGUAAGUUUAGAGGGAAGCCGCUGCGUGUGUCUCCCUCUUUACUUUCACCGACCCCCUCCUCCGCUGGCAGAAAUUUAUAAAGAACAAAAAAUCCGACGAGGGAGGGAGGGGGGUUGAUAUACGCCGAGGCUGAAAUCGAGAGGCGAACCCAGGGAAAGAGGAGUAAUUUGUACACGGGACUUUCCCCCUCUUAGUCCCCCCAAAGGAGGGGGAAAAGUCGCAAUAUUGGAAACGAAAAGGAAUGAGCUUCUAAGGGCGUGAAAACGUCUGCAAUUGUGGAUACUUUAUAUAUUUUUAUUUCGAAAAAAUAUGGCCGAGAACGUUCUGGAGGGUGGCCCGCCUUUAGCCAAGAGGCCUAAACUCUCCUCUCCGGCACUUUCCGCCUCCGCCAGCGAUGGAAAUGAUUUCGGCUCACUGUUUGACUUGGAGCAUGAUCUCCCAGACGAGCUCAUCAGCUCUAAUGAACCAGGCCUGAUCAAUGGUGGGGACCUCAGCCAGUUGCACACCACACUGGGAGCAGGACCUGCAGGGCUGGGUCCUGGAGGAGGCAGUGGAGGGCCAGGGGGAAUGGGUCUUGGCCUUGGCCCUGGAGGGGGUCCUGGGGGUGUUGGCGGAGGCCAGGAUGCGGUGGCCAAGCACAAACAGCUGUCUGAGCUUUUGCGUUCCGGGGCACCCACCACAACCCAACAAGGGCACCAAGCAGCCAUGGGAAGCCCAGGAGGCCCCACUGCCAUGGGGCAACACUUGGCGAACAUGAAAGCAUCCCCUGGCCAGGGGCCUCCGCAGAUGAUGGGCCAGGGGCAGCAGCACCUUUCCCCUCAGCAGCAGGCCAACAUGAUGCAGCAGCAGCAGAAUGCUGCAGCUGGAAUGAUGGGUGGCAUGAACAGGGCCAUGAUGGGAGCGCAACAGAAAGGCAAUAAUGGACAGCAGCAGCCCGGCAUGAUUGGGAACCAAGUGAUGAAUGGCUCCCCCAGGAUGGGCUUUGGGAAUCAGGGGAUGGGUGGCAACAGCAACCUGUUGGCUGAGACCCUACAGCAGCAGGGAGCUGGGGGCCAGGCCGGGAUGAGAGGCCAGCAACCUGGGGCAAUGAACAAGAUGGGGAUGAUGGGAAACCCAGGGGGCCCUUUUGGAGGUCCGUAUGCAGGGCAGGGGAAUCAAGGUCUUGGAGGUGCAGGGCUGGGCCCUCAACUCCAGAACAAAGGUCCCAUGGCUAACAGCCUGGCCCAGUUCAAUGUGGACAAGAAGAGCCAGCCAAUGCAAGGAAUGGCCACCAUGGGCUCCCAGCAGUCUCAAACAGGUGUGGGCGGUCCCUCUGGUGCACCUGUGGCAGGGGCCCCAGGUAUGGUGCCCAACGCUCAGGCAGGUCUGGUGGGUCCUGGUACCCAGGUUUCGGCAGCAUCUGCUGCAGCCGGAGCACCACCCACAGCUGACCCUGAGAAGCGCAAGCUAAUCCAGCAGCAACUGGUUCUCCUGCUUCAUGCACACAAGUGCCAGCGGCGGGAACAGGCCAACGGUGAAGUCCGGCAGUGCAACCUUCCCCACUGCCGCACUAUGAAGAACGUCCUCAACCACAUGACUCACUGCCAGGCUGGCAAGUCCUGUCAGGUUGCUCACUGUGCAUCAUCAAGGCAGAUCAUCUCCCAUUGGAAGAACUGCACGCGACAUGACUGUCCUGUCUGCCUGCCACUGAAGAAUGCUGGGGACAAGAGGAACCCGCAGUGUGAGUCUUUACUUGGUGGGGUGGCUGCAGGUCUGGGCAGCUCCCUUGGGGCAGUACCCGGUGGCCAACCAAGUACUCCCAAUCUCAACCCACCGAGCCAGAUUGAUCCCAGCUCCAUAGAAAGAGCCUACGCUGCCCUGGGCCUCACCUACCAGGGCAACCAGAUCCAGACUCAGACUGCCCAGCCCAAUAUGCCCAACCAAGGCCUCCAAGGCCAGGCUGGCCUAAGGCCUCUGAACCCAAUGGGUGCCAAUCCUAUGGGAGUCAAUGGAGGUGUGGCAGCUUCUACUCAGAGCCAACCAUCCAACCUACUGCAGGACACUAUGAUGCACCUCAAUGUGAACAGCCAAGGUCUGAUGAAUGAUGCCAGCGGGGUCGGCUCCAUGCCCACAGCUGGCCCUCCCUCCGCCACAGGCAUGAGGAAAAGCUGGCAUGAGGAUAUCACGCAGGACCUACGAAACCACUUGGUACACAAACUUGUUCAGGCCAUCUUUCCGACUCCAGAUCCUGCAGCCCUCAAAGACCGUCGAAUGGAGAACCUGGUGGCCUAUGCCAGAAAAGUUGAGGGAGACAUGUAUGAGUCAGCUAACAGUAGAGCUGAGUACUAUCACCUGCUAGCGGAGAAGAUCUAUAAGAUCCAGAAGGAGCUGGAGGAGAAGAGGAGAACUCGACUCCAGAAGCAGGGUCUAGGCCUUGGGCCUGCCAGCAUGGGUCAACCCCCUACUGGACUGCCUCUAAACGGCCCCCUCCCUGAACCAUCAAUGGUGCGACCAGCUGGACCAAAUCAGAUGGUCAACAGGAUGCAAGGCCCAGGUAUGAAUCAGUUCAAUCAGAUGGGGAUGCAGUCUUUGGGACAGAGGUCCACGCCUCCUCUCCCCAUGGGAGCAUCUGGCAACCAGAUGGGAAUGGUUGGACCCAGGAUGGGGCAGCCCAGUGUGAACCAACUUCAGAACCAGUAUCUGUCCCAGGGACAGUUUCCUGGUUCAGGACCAGGAGUUGGAACAGCUCAGCCUGGGAUGGCCCAACCUGGGGCACAGGCAGGCCUGCCACAGACGCAGAUGGGCACUCCUCCAUCUCUUCCAGUUGCUAGUCCUCUAGCACAACCAGGUUCAGCCAGUGGUCCCGGUAGUGUCUCCGCAGUGGGACCCAUGGGUCCUCAGAGUGUGGGUAGUGGAGGUCCUAACUCAGCUGUUGGAGCCCCUGCUUCCUCAAUGACUCCAUCUAACACAAACCAGCAGCCCAACUCCAUCCCCCAUUUGGCAGCCAUGCGCGGCAGCUCGCCCUCCCCUGCUCACAGCCGAUCUCCUACUCCUCACCAAACACCCCCCAGACUAGCCGGGUCCCAGACCCCACAGCCACAUACCCCUAAUGCACCACAGCUGGCGCCACCUUCAGUCCCCCAGCAGAAUCAACUUAGCCAGGGCCCCGGCUCAAACAAGUCCCUCCAGCAGCAACACAUGGGGUCAGCUGGUUCGACCACUCCAUCUCACCCUGGAAUGGCCUCCAGCUCAACGCCGCACAGUGCUCAGCUGCCACGCACUCCGCUGUCACAAAAGGGUUCAUUCCCAGGGGACAGUCAGGCCCUGACUCCAGCCUCUGUCAGUAGCCUGGACACGUCCUCCCAGCAGCCACAGUCGGACACUUCAGCCGGCAACCUCGACCCCAAGAUGGAGGUCAAGCAGCAGGAUGAGGAGGAGGAAAGUGAUACAGGCAGCUGCUCCAAAGGAGGGAAGCUCAGCAACCUCAAAACAGAGGAAAAGCCUGUGAAAUUAGAAGUGAAAAAGGAAGCGUGUUCUGGAGAGGGAGGUAAAGCGAUUCCCAUGGAUACAUCGACAACAAAACCGUCAGCGGGCAUCAAGACAGAAGACAGGAAACCGGAGGUUAAGAAGGAGGUGAAAGAGGAAGAGGAAACAUCGGAGACAGCUACGCCACAGGCCCCAGUGAAAAAGAAGAUCUUCAAGCCAGAGGAGCUACGCCAGGCCCUGAUGCCCACACUCGAAUCCCUCUACAGACAAGAUCCAGAGUCUCUGCCUUUCAGAAUGCCUGUAGACCCACAACUGCUGUGCAUACCUGACUACUUUGACAUUGUGAAGAACCCCAUGGACUUGUCUACUAUCAAGCGAAAGCUAGACACAGGUCAGUACCAGGAUCCCUGGCAGUAUGUGGAUGACAUCUGGCUGAUGUUCAACAACGCCUGGCUGUACAAUCGCAAAACAUCCAGAGUCUACAAGUACUGCUCCAAGCUGGCAGAGGUUUUUGAGCAGGAGAUUGAUCCUGUGAUGCAGAGCCUCGGCUACUGUUGCGGGAGGAAGUUGGAGUUCUCUCCUCAGACACUGUGCUGCUAUGGAAAGCAGCUGUGCACUAUUCCACGAGAUGCUGCUUACUUCAGCUACCAGAACAGUUCACCAAAAUUUGGGCUUAUUGCUAACAGGUACCACUUCUGCGAGAAGUGUUUCAACGAGAUCCAGGGAGAGACGGUUUCCUUGGGCGAUGACCCCACCCAGCCACAGACAUCAAUUAACAAGGAUCAGUUUGAGAAGAAGAAGAAUGACACACUGGACCCUGAACUGCUUGUUGAAUGUAUGGACUGUGGACGCAGGAUGCAUCAGAUUUGUGUCUUGCACAAUGACACAAUCUGGCCAUCGGGUUUUGUAUGUGAGGGGUGCUUAAAGAAGGCAAAUAAGACGAGGAAAGAGAACAAGUAUUCUGCCAAAAGGUUGCCCCAGACAAGGUUGGGCUCUUACCUAGAGACAAGGGUUAAUGACUUCCUGAAGCGUCAGAACCACCCAGAGUCUGGAGAAGUUACCAUUCGUGUCGUCCACGUCUCUGACAAAGUGGUGGAGGUUAAACCAGGCAUGAAGUCCAGAUUUGUGGACAGUGGAGAGAUGUCAGAGUCUUUCCCAUACAGGACAAAAGCCCUUUUUGCGUUUGAGGACAUUGAUGGAGCAGAAGUCUGCUUCUUUGGUAUGCAUGUUCAAGAGUACGGAUCCGACUGCCCUCAGCCCAACCAGAGGCGAGUGUACAUCUCCUACCUGGACAGUGUACAUUUUUUCCGGCCUCGCAGUCUAAGAACAGCAGUCUACCAUGAAGUCCUCAUUGGCUACUUGGAGUAUGUCAAGAGGUUGGGGUACGUCACUGGUCACAUCUGGGCCUGCCCACCUAGUGAAGGGGACGACUACAUCUUCCACUGUCACCCUGCAGAUCAGAAGAUCCCAAAGCCCAAACGCCUCCAGGAGUGGUACAAGAAGAUGUUAGACAAAGCUGUGGCAGAGCGGAUAGUGCACGACUACAAGGAUGUCUUCAAGCAGGCAACAGAGGAUCGUUUGACCAGUGCCAAGGAGUUGCCUUACUUUGAGGGUGACUUUUGGCCCAAUGUGUUGGAGGAGAGCAUCAAAGAGCUGGAGCAGGAGGAGGAGGAGAGGAAAAGGGAGGAGAACAGCACGUCCAAUGAGAGUAUUGAUGACACAAAAGGUGACAGUAAAAACGCAAAGAAGAAGAACAACAAGAAGACAAGUAAGAACAAGAGCAGCCUGAGCCGAGCCAAUAAGAAGAAGCCAGGGAUGCCCAAUGUCUCCAAUGACCUUUCGCAGAAACUCUAUGCCACUAUGGAAAAACACAAAGAGGUGUUCUUUGUGAUCCGGCUGAUUGCAGGCCCCAUGGCAAAUGCCCUGCCCCCUAUUUCAGACCCAGAUCCCCUGAUGGCAUGUGACCUCAUGGAUGGCCGUGAUGCUUUCCUGACAAUUGCCCGGGACAAACACCUUGAGUUUAGCUCGCUGAGGAGAUCCAAGUGGAGCUCCAUGUGCAUGUUGGUGGAGUUGCACAACCAAAGCCAGGACCGCUUUGUCUACACUUGUAACGAGUGCAAGCACCACGUGGAGACUCGUUUCCACUGUACCGUCUGUGAGGAUUACGACCUCUGCAUCACAUGUUACAACACUAAGACCCACGAGCACAAGAUGGAGAAGUUAGGCCUUGGUUUGGAUGAUGAGAGCAGCAACCAGGCUGCCGCUACCACUCAGAGCCCUGGAGACUCGCGUCGCCUCAGCAUCCAGCGCUGCAUCCAGUCCCUUGUCCAUGCCUGCCAGUGUCGAAACGCAAACUGCUCUCUGCCGUCCUGCCAGAAGAUGAAACGUGUUGUUCAGCACACAAAAAGUUGCAAGAGAAAAACCAAUGGUGGCUGCCCCAUUUGCAAGCAACUUAUUGCGUUGUGCUGUUACCACGCCAAGCACUGUCAGGAGAACAAGUGCCCAGUCCCGUUCUGCCUAAACAUCAAGCACAAGCUCCGCCAGCAGCAGCUGCAGCACAGGCUCCAGCAAGCCCAGAUGCUAAGAAGGAGGAUGGCCAGCAUGCAGAGAGUGGGUCAGCCCACCCCUGGAGGAGGUCCUGGAGGCAAUGGCCUGCCCUCUCCAGGAGCCAACAAUGGAGCAACUGGUCCUGGUACGCCUACAUCUGUGGGCACGCAGCCUCCUACUCCCCAGACACCCACUCAGGGGAACAUGCCUGCACUUCCGCAGCAGCAGGGAGUUGGGAUGGGUGGAAUGGGAACUCCAGUCCAGCAACAGCAGGUUCAGCAGCAAGGUGGUACCAUGCCCCCUCAACACCAUCUCCAUCAGUUUCAGCAAGUGGGUGGUGGAGGUGGAGGGGGUAUGAUGAACUCUCCUCAGCAGCAUAUGGUGCCUCAGCACCAGCAGCAGCCUACCAAUGUCCAGCAACUCCAGCAACAGCAGCACACUGGUUUGCCUCCAUACAAUCCCAGACCCCCUGGAGCCUCUCCUCUCCACCAGUCCCUGGGAAAACCUGGACUGGGUCCAGCUACCCCACCCCAGCAGCAGCAACAACCCAACCAGGGCCAGGGGUCCAUGCCUGUACAAGGCCAGCAGCCAGGGCCCCCUUUGGCUGCUGUAGAGACAGCUCUAAAAAUCCAGCGCCUAGCAGAGACCCAGAGACAGAUGGCUCAGGCCCAGGCCCAAGCCCAGAUACGUGGCCUGGGACAAGGGGGCAUGUUACCCCAACAUCCUCACCACCAGAACAACCAGGCCCAGAUGGGCAUGCCCCACAUUGGGGCCCAGGGCAUGCCCCCCCAGGCUCAGGGAGUUGUUGGCAGGACUAUGUUAGACCCACAGCAACAGGGAAUGUUAGCAGGGAUGCAGCAAGGUGGCCCUCAGACGCAGUUGCCCCCUCAAGUUCAGCAGCAGCUCCAGCAGGGAGGUGGUGGACAACUUCAGUCAGCAAACCAGCAGUGGGGUGCUGGGGGACCAGCCAUUAACCCACAACAACGGCCAGGCAUGAUGGGCCACAUGGCACCACAGCAGCAGCCAGCAGUUGCUCAGCAACAGCAGCAGACGAUGAAUCCGCAACAACCAGGAAACCGCGGACUGAUGCAGGUAAUGGGUGUAUCAGGAGGGGCAGCAGGGGUUCCUGCUUCGAUAGCAAGUGCAGCAGCAUCAGGAAACCUACCCCAGGCAGCACUACAAGACCUCCUGAGGACACUGCGCUCUCCAAGCUCCCCCCUUCAACAGCAACAAGUCCUCAACAUCCUUCGUUCCAACCCAACCCUUAUGGCCGCUUUUAUCAGACAGAGAGCAGCCAGGUAUCAAGGUGGUCAGGGUGGCCCUGGAGGAGGAGGGCCUCCACCUGGGGGCCCUGGAGGUGUGAGGUUCCAGGGGGCUCCUGGAGGGCUGCCUGGUAUAGGAGGACCUGGGGCUAACCAGCUUGGUAACAUGGAUGGACAACAGCAGGUCAAUGUGAACCAGGCAGGACAGCCAGGGAUGAACAUGGCUCAGGGUGGAGCAGGGGGAGGGAACAUGCCCACCAUGGCUCAGCUUCAGCAGUUACAACAACAGCAACAACAGCGCCCAAUGUUGCCUGGGAAUCUACAGCAACAGCAAUUGGCUGCAUUACAACAACAGCAGCAGCAGCAACAACAACAGCAACAGCAGCAACAACAACAGGGAGCAAUGCAAGCGGGGCAACAAGGCAACAUGACCAAUAUGUCGCCACAGUUCAGAGAGUUGAUGAGAAGACAUCUGCAGCAGCAGCAGCAACAACAACAACAACAACAACAGCAACAGCAACAACAGCAGCAGCAGAUGGGAAACCAUGGACAGUUUCAGCAGCCUCAAGGACUCCAGCAGCAGCAAGGCCAGCAAGGGUUCAUGCAGCCUGGCCAGGGACAGCCAGGGAUACCCCCCUCAUCCCAACCCCAGCCUGGGGGUGGAGGCGUAGGGGGUCCCCAGCAGCAGCAAGGAGGACCACAGGGUGGGCCAGGACAGCUAGGCCAGCAGCAGGGCUACCCCAACUCCAUGGCACAAGUAGCUGCAGUGCUCCACAAAAGAUAUCAGAUGCAGCAGCAGCAAAAGCAACAACAGCAGCAACAACAGCAGCAGCAGAAUUCAAUGGGUGGGCUUCAAGGACAAGACGGAGGGCCUGGUGGAAGCGCUGGUGGACCAGGAGGACCUCCACUCCAGCCUGGACAAGGCGGACCAGGGCAGGGGCAACAACCACAAGGUGGAGUUGGUGGAGGGGGUGGUGGGCCCACACUGGCGCAGACGCCACAAGGCAUGCUGCACCAGAACAUCCACCAGAGGCUCCUGCAGCAGCAGCACCUUGGUGGGGGCUCUCCAGCCCAGCACAGCAGUCCCAUGAGCCCCCAACAGCAGAUGGCGCAGUCCCCCCACCCCCAUCUCCAAGGACAAGGAGGACUUGGUCCAGCAGGGUCUCUCAGCAGUCAGGUCAGGUCACCUCAGCCCUCGCCAAGGCCGCAGUCGCAACCUCCACACUCCAGCCCGUCCCCACGCAUGCAGCCCUCCUCCCAACCUCAGCCCCAGCCCUCACCUCAUCGCAUUUCCCCGCAGACCCAGACCGGCUCACCCCACCCGAGCCACCUAAGCCAACAUCACCCCAGUAUGGCACCACCCCAACCUCCACAACCCCAACAGCAGGCGCUAUCCCAGCAGCAGCAGCAACCAGGUAGUUCUGUAGAUCCCGGUCAGUUCAGUUCAGAUCAGAACUCCAUCAUGUCCCAGCUGAGUGGGAUGACAGGGAUGCAUGGUGGGCAGGGGGGACAGUCGGACAUGUUGGGUGGGAAUAAUAACAGCAGCAACAACAACCAGGAGCUGGGAACGAACAUUAACCACAGUUUAGAGCUAAUGUAGCCUUGACUCCAUACUGUCUGUCUUGAUGCUCUGAUCAGUUGCCCCAAACGACAAACUGCCAUGAAAGGAGAGCGAGGCGGGACUACAGCUUUGGGGUUUUAGAAGUUUUUAUUUUUUAUUUAAAUAUUUUUGUGAUGUAUAAAUAAGAACUGAAGCUUCCUUCCUAUGGGAGAUGCAACAUAAAUCUUAGAAGUCAAUAAAUGAAUAAAUUAAAACAAUGGUAAGUUAUUGCUGUUAAUAUAUAUCUAUAUAUUUUUGCCAAUUGUGUACAAAAAGGUGGAAGGGCAGUGUUUCAGGUUGAAGAUAUUUCUUCCUUAGUCUAUGACACAAUAUUUUUGGGGACUGAGAAUUUUGCCUUUUUAUGAAUAUUUUUAAGAUUUUAAAUGUGGCUAAAAAUUAAAGUGAGUUGACACGAUGUACCUUUUUUAUUGUUUUGUUUUCCUCCUCAAAUACCCAGUCAUAAUUGUAUGUAUUUUGCAGAGAGUAAGUAUAUUUUAUUUCUGAAUUAUUCUUUUUUCCCCCCCUCAAUGGAUCGUAAAACAAGCAUCAACAUAUCUUCUGUUACAGGAGCCUUCUCCUGGACAGUUUUCACAGAAAUGUACAUUUUACAAAGACUGCAACAAUUCAAAUAUAUAGACUUUAUUUUAUUUGAUGGGCUGGGGGGAGGGUGCGUUAAAUGCAUUUAGAUUUUGCCAGGUUUCUAUUUUUUUUGUUUGUUUUUUGACAGGCUUUAUAGGUUGGAAUUAAACCUCAACAGUGUUUUGGGGAGUGGGUGACACCGACCAUGGGUUUGGUCAUAUUUUUUUUUCUGCAAACAAUGGCCAGAUCCGCAGAACAAAUACUUGCACCCAUGGGCCACCUCUCCACCCUCCAUCUUUGGUUCUCCUAUGAAUGUGCACACCUUCCUUACCCUGACCCUCACCCCCCCCCCUACCCCUGCUGAAAAUGGAGGGAUGAACUGUUGCCCGAUCGUCUAGCUGUCAGAGGCGUACUGUGCCCCUGUUUGGAGCUGGCUGAUGUUAAAAGGUUGUGCGUGCCGUGUACAUAAUAUUACAGCCUUGUUUAUGAACUGUGACAUGGAGAAAGUUGUCUGUUUUUUUUUUCAUUUUUUUUUUGGGCUGCAGAGGUUUAUGAAAAUCCUGCCUGUAUCCUCACCCCCCAACGGUUUCCCUUUUCAGUAAGCUUUUCUCUCCUGUCCCUUUUUGUUCCUCAUCCUCAUGACUGCCUCUCAGCCACAAGAUUUAAUUCAAUGUUAGUACUGUACAAAGUAAGAAAUGGUGGACUUAGAUACUGUUUUUUUGUAAUGAAAGUGAAAGAUGUAAAAAAAAAACAAAAAAACAACAACUGUAUAUACUUUAAAACCUUAUGAGCAGAGAAAUGAUUUUCUGCUGCUUGUUUCCCCUCUUGUUUGAUUGGAUAUUUGCUGUAUCUGUAUAAAACUACAAACAUACUCCUGAGCUACUGUACAGUAUUGAGAUUUUUUCUAAAAGGUACAGUAUGGGGUGUAGAAGGUCACAAGCACCAAUGCGCCUUUUUCUGUGUAUUUUUGACAAGGUUUUAGGGAGGGAGGGGGUUAUUGCAACAAGUCACACACCUGAACAAUCUCAAAACUUAGACGUGAAUCCCGCACGAAGUAGAGCCGAGGCCGAGGUUGAUUAGAGGUGUGAUCUGAAAGAGUUUAAAUUUGGUCAUUUAGCUUUUUAUGGAGAGGACUGAAGACACAAUAUUCACAUGCUCACUAUUUUUCUCAAAAGGUUGGGCUUGCUGGGUAUGGGGAGGGGAUGCAUCAGAACCAGGUGGCAAUAUAUCUUGAGACUUAUUUUAUAAGAAAAAAACAAGGAAAAACUGUCUUUUAUAUAUAGAUAUAUUAUUUAAUUUUAUUUUUUGGAAAUAAAACUUGAAGCUACAGGAAUUAUUAGAUAAAAACGUUUUGUUUUGUAUUAAAGAUGUUAUGGUGAUGCAAAAAGACACUGCAGACAGUCAUUCAGUUUGCCCUGGGGAGGCCGUGGAGUAUAUUAUACCAUCCUUUUUAAGAAAUGUUUCAUGUACAUGAAUAUAGUUGUAAACAUACUGAAUCACUGUACAAACUGAUGGCAACUGAACAAAUAGUUUUGUUUUAAUCAUUUCUUCUCCUAAAAAGAGACUGGAAAUAAGACUAUUUAAAUAUUUGUUUAGUAUUCAAAUGGAAUCUUUGACCACUUUUUCGUUCUUGUUAACAAUUUUGGUGCUUGCUGAGAGAAAGCAAAAAUAACUGUUGCUCCAUUUUCAUUAGUUUCUUUUUUUAAGUUAUUUUGGUGGUCUGAUUGUUUUUUUUUUUUUGCCAAUAAAUUAAUUGUACAAUAAAGUAUGUUUGUACCAUUGGAAAAAUA